UAUUGUUCGCGACCGGUAAGUAGUCGAUCGCAGUGCGGGACCGGCCAUUGCAUAUGCACGCACGCGCCCCACUCCGCCACGAGGAGGAAACAUGUGACAUUCUGUAAACUACGCGAACGGAUAAAUAAUUAUAAACAUCAGAAAAAACAAAGUAAACUUCAAAAAUGUGUAAACACUUAGUGCUGGUGCCUUUGGAGACAUCUGAUACGGCAAUGAAGAAAACGUGUAAGCCGGCAAUGCUGGGCAGAAUCUGGCAGGCCAGCAGACGAGCUCUCAACUUGGAGCACUCGCCUCCUCACGUGUUCGCCUGUUGCCAGUGGCAAGACGGCACUCGACCGGCUACAUUUUACCUUCUUUAUAGGUGGCUACUGUUUCUUACUGUACUUUCGAUCGGCAUCUCAAGUUUUGCCUGUCAACGUCUACCGCGUCUGUAUGAAGGGCCGAAAUUGGAGUUGAACUAUUUCAAAUGGUUCAUCUAUUUCACCAACUGGGGGUACUUGCUCAUCGUGCUGCAAGCCGGUCUGGCGCUAGCGGUCGUCCACCGUUACAGAAAUCAGAAAUCUUUCAAUUUACCAUGCGAAGACGAAGAAAUCCCAAUGCCGCGAAGACAGCGUACGCCCGCUCUGUGCCGCGCCUAUUGGCUGGCGCAUACCAUCGCCACCGACCUGGCUUUCGUCAUCACACUUAUUUACUGGACCCUAGUGCAUGAUCCAAGAAUCCAUGAGAUCAACACGUUAAACCUGCUGGUCCACGGCGGCAAUUCUCUAGUAAUGCUCGUAGAGCUGGCACUCACGGCGCACCCCGUGCGUGCGGCGCAUGCGCUGUUCGGCGCAGGCGCGGGCCUGGCAUACGGUGUCUUCAGCGCAUUUUACUGGGCGGUUGGCGGUACCGAUCGAAUUGGUUUACCUGCCAUAUAUCCUGUGCUUGAUUGGAAUAAACCAGGCUCGGCGUUCGGUUUCGUCGCCCUCUGCGCAGCUGUGAUGAUGUUCGCGCAUGGCGUGGCGACGUGCCUUGCCUUCGCACGCUGCAGAAUCGCUUCAAGGGUGAUGCCUGCUCGAUCCUCCGCCGAACGCUUCACGCUGCCAACGCACUGAGCUACAAGAAAACGGAUCUAAUUCACUGCCUUGCGAAUCCCAUUGGACCCAUCUGCAUUAUCAAUGUUUGCCAAACACCAAGGGUCAGAUCCCAGUGCAAUGGAUCUACGUGUGUAUAUUAUGAUCCGAGAUUUUGAGUUGAGAUUUUAAUGCUUAUUUAACGUAAUGUUAGCGUUUUGUCAUUAUUUAGGGCCAUUACAGACGCAAUGCACGACUUUUAGCAUCAGCGAUCGGCGAUUUAGUUGCAUUUCGGAAGCUUAAUGCCGCGAUGGAAUACUUCAUUCUGCACGAAUAUGAUCUCCAGUCGCAGUGAUCGUGUCGAUUAUAUUAUUUAUUAUUUCAACAAAGAAAAUCGUUAAAACGCGACGUCGCAUCGAAACAAUCGCUAAAAGUUGUGAUUUCGAAUUCAGAAAGUCGUCAGUGCGAUGCAGCGUCGAUGCAGUCCCAAAACCGCCGGUCGCUUAUGAUAAAAGCAUCGUUAUCUGCUAUGGCCAUUAUGGAUAUGGUUUACAUCUUCAUUCAACUGUAGCAGGUUAACAUUCAAAGCUGUUGUAUAUUGAGAAAAGAUUGAAAUAACAAAAGGAUGUCGAAUAUACAACAUAAUUAUAUUGAAAUUUGAAUACUUGUGUAUUUGUGGUGUGAAGAUGUUUGUUCCUCUUUAGUCAAAGGGAGUAAAAGAGCAAAUGUUAAUUUUUAGGUGGAAGAAUGCGGCGUAAGUAUUAAAAAACCAUAGUCCUUGUUUAUAGACAUGCUUGAUCAAAAACUGAAAAAUUGGCAACAAGCAAAUUAUUUGCUGAAUUGAAUUUUUACUGAGUAUGUUAAGUGGUGCAGAUUUACAAAACAUAAGAUUACAUAAUUCACAUUCCUUUCAAGUCCGCUCAAAAAAAGGAAUGAUACUUUAAUUAUUACGACUUCUAGAUCGUAUGCUAAGUAGAAAAUCUGUUAAGUAGAAAAUUGAUGUUACAUGGUGUUUGAAUAAUCGAUUACUUCUGAUUAUAUUGAUUGAAAGAAUUGGGUAAUGUUGGACUGAAAGCUUAAAACUUAAUUGCACUCGUAUUUGAUAAUUAGGCCUUGUAUUUAUGUUUAUUAUCAUACUGUGAAAAUUAGGGCAAAGAAGAGGAAGAUAUCUAAACCGGUUUUGGUAUGUUAUGCAUUUAUUUGUAGUUACUGUAUACGUUUUUUAGCUUUAGAUUAUAAUAUAUUUUACUGCAAUAUCAACGCCAAAUGCUUUAAGGCCAAAAACUAUGCGUAUUUUUAAUGAAAAAUAUCGCUUAGCACGAUUUGUGAUAUUAUUUUACUCUUUAUUAAUAGAAGAAGGGCACAAGAAGUCUUCAAUAUUUGUAUUAAACCCCCAAUUUUGUUCCUCUUAAAGCUAUAACCCACUAUAACCUAUCCGAAAUCUACUAAAGACUAUCGAACUUCUACAUCGAAAUAUGGUAUUCACUAUGGACUUUCCAUCGUCUACUAAAAUGCACUGCUACGUACCGCCACUGGUGGCGAUUACAUAAUGGGUGUUAUUAGAAUGCUAGCAAAAACGAAGACAGGCAAUAAUAUUUAGUACUGAUAAUAUAAUACAUACCUACCACAAAAACGCAAAAAUAAAUCCGUAUUUUUUAAAAGUUAGCAAUGUAUUGCAAAUAAAACAUCUGACUGAGCUAGAGGUUAACGAACUUACAUAGAUAGGCCCCACAGGGUCAAUGCCACGUCGUAGAUGGGGCAUAGACUCCGAGUUUUGCACACUAGAUUGCAGAUUUGAAAUACUAUAUCAUUAAAAUUACAAGUAUAAGGCAAAUGGCCAACCAACCAGGUAUUGGAUUGGGUUUAGGUAGUACAUAAACAAUAACGCUAAGUUUUUCAAGCGUUCUGAUUACAUCUUUUAUAUUACAUUACUGAAUACCUUUGUAUCCUAAGGUGCAUAUUAGUCGUACUUUAUUUUUAAAUACAAACAUAAGACUUAAUGUCCCCUUCCGAUAGGCCAGUAUUGUUUAGUAAAAUAUAAUAAAAUAAAUAAAAAGGUAUUAUUAAUCAUUAUUUAGGUAAGCGGUAUAAUACUCUUAUUACGAUAAAAUACCUAUACCUAUAAUACCAGUUUUGUAUAAUUGUAAAUUUAUAAAAUGCGCAAUUCAAAACGUAUCGUGGUAGCUUCUAAUAAUAUUAUCUAUGCAUUGAAUUUAAUUAGGGCUGAAAAAAAAUAUACCUAUGUAUUAUACAUAAGAAUUGUUUAUAUGAAUAGAUGACGGCAUAUAAUGGCGUGACGUAGGUAGGUUGGUAGGUAUAUCAAAUUCCCUAUAAUUGACGUUAGUAGUUUUCAAGCUAAUAAACGCUAAAGCUAAAAGCGUCCUUAUUAUUCAAUUCAAUUAUAAUUAUGUAGAAUCUACAUAAUUAUAAUUGAUAAGGAUAAUCCCACUUCUGAAUCUAUAAUAAUAUGUCGUCAAUUACUUAGACUUGGAGUAGCUAGAUGCCGCAAGCCGUCUGUCCAGGCGUGUCCGAAAUUUGAGUCAAGGACCUAUUUUAUAUUCAUCCCUCUGUCAGUACUUUCCUCUCUCCGAAUACGAAAAAUCGAUCCUCUCUCCAGUCAGUCUGUUGGUUCACUGAUACAUGGCGAUUGAAACUUGUGAUUACUGAUUGGGCAUUGUGAUCAUCACUAAAUGACUCACAUGAUGUCAUCAUAGGGAAGAGAAAAAGCACUAUUACUUUCAUACUAUACCUACUAUAAUAAACAUGCGGCAUCUAGCUAUUCCAAGUUCGUAACAGGCAUUUAUACGUUAGGCUGUUUUCCGUGUUUGUAAGGAAAAUAUUUGCUUAUUACCACAUAGAUCAAUUAUAGCGAUAGUUGUAUUAUAAUAAUACAAAAAGUGCUGCUACCAAAUACUAAGAAAAUUACAAGAAUAAUUAGUUAAUACGUAAUGUUUAUAUGAAUUUUUGUAUUUUCUCUAAUGUACCUAUAUAAUGUACCUAGUAGGUAGCUACGGACAUACCUACAUUUUUCGCAAUAUUAAGUAAUAGUGUUCACUAUUUGAGAUUAAAGUUAUGCAACUUGAUUUUUCACUAACACAGUAUUUUUGAAAAUCAUGUAAAAGAGAAAUAAAUUUGGGAAAAAAAUUUACUGCCAUAAGCGCCAAAGUAAAAAUAAACAGAAUCUUCUGAUAUAGGUAUUCAAUGUAGCUAUACCUACAACAUAAACAUGGUAAAUCCGCUUGUUUAUAUUAUGGCUUUAAAAUCGCUCGGUUCAUUUUUCCAAUUCUUUAUUUUGUAAAAGUUUUUGUAUAAAGUUAGACCCUGAUAAAAUUUGAUAACGUAUUAGGGCGAAGAGAAGGAACUAACAACUAAGAGAAAAACUAGGCAGCAUCUAGAUUGUACCUAGACAACCCUGGUAAUGGACUGCCAUUUUUUGAAGCACAUUUGUAGGCGUCAAAAGGUGCGUAAACUCGACGUCUAUCUGUUUCAGACACAAACGCACGAAUUUGUCUUCACUUUUUAAAAUGCAAUAAUUGUUUGAGCUUUAUGCUAGGUACCUAUCUGUAGUUUUAUAUAUCUUUGCAUGUAGCCUCUAGAUAAGCUCUAGAAUCUAGAUGUAGAUAAGACCUAUAUUUUUAUUGUACCCAGCACAGUGAUUGUAUUCGUAUGUGAUCUGUAGGCAUAAUGUGAUCGUUCCUAGCCUGAAUAUAAAUAUUCUGGCAUAACUGUGAUGCGGUUUUCAGGCAAGUAGUAGGUAUUUUAAAGUGCAUGUGUUUAGUUUAUAAGUUGUGCGAAAUGUAAUAAAUUAAAAUAGUCAUAUCUGUAUUUGAUGAAAACAGCAGAAGAUGCUCAAAAGCUCAAAAGUCAAAACAAAAACAAUAUUAUAAAGCAGUUCAUACUGAUGAUAAUUAUAGAGAGAGAGAGCCAGCGCGUGCCAGACCUUUGCUGUUCUAUAAAAUAUAAUUUAAACAAACAUAAUUUUAUUAUCAAAUAAUUUUUUUUUAAUUAAUGGACGAUAUGAAACGAUCGGAGAUCGGUGUAAAAAAUGAUAUACCUACUUAGAUUUUUUUUGGGCAAUUGGGCAUCAUCUACUAGUACAGUCAUCAAAUUGCCAGUAGUAAUAUGUUCGAAUUCAAUUUGAACUCUUGAUUUUGCCACCUUUUGUUGAGGUAACGAAAUCGCAUGGAUGUGCUAGUUAGUAAGUAUCACUAUCAUGAAAUGCAAUAAUUUGUUUAGUUUGAUUGUAUUCAAUUAGUAAUUGGUAGGCAAUAAAAUGUGUAUUUACGCUUAGGUACCUAUCUAAAGUCCAUGAAUGAACUGGUACAAAAUAUCAGCAGAUACUCGAAUAUAAUAUAAUUGAUUUUGAUCGAAUAAUAAAUUAGAGUGAUUAUUUAUCGUGAUAAUAAAAAUAAUUUUCUUAUGA